UCAAGGUAUGCAUGGAGGAGGAAGGAAAGGGAAGCAUUGAAUUACAAUGGGGACCCAACGACAAAAUGCUGCAUAUUAUGCAACGUCUUGAAGCCAUAAUACGUAUUCCACUUGCCUCAUGGAGAUUGACAGGCGAAGGCAAACUUCUGGACCCUACCAUGAUCCUGGCGUCGCGGUAUCCUUUGCUGCACAAGAAGAAUGAACUUGGCAGAACUUCUUUUAGUUCCGAACACAUCGUGGACUGAAUACGUCACGACCACGCCCAAGAAAUACCCAUGGAAACACUUUCCGAUAGAAGCUUCGGAUUCUCCUGACCCUUUAGAGAAAGCCAAAGCUGCAUUUCAUCUUCUGAACCCGCAGCCAUCAAGACACUGGCAAACAUGCCUAGAACAACGUCACUUCGCGGACGCGUUGAGAGAUGGACUCCGUUUAGCCGACUUUCCCAGCCAAGAUAUUGACCGCAUGAAUAUCCAAAUUCGAAUGAGCAUCAAAUCAGUCAUAACGAGUACUGCACUUAGUCAAGAUGAAAAGAAGAUUCUGGCGGAUGGCGUUGUUCCAAUGAAGUUCUACAUGACUGAUGACGAUAUCACAAUCAGAGAUGCAACGAUAUUCACUCGAGUUCACUCACCAAUUAAACCCGUAUCGGUAGACGUCUUCUGGCUUUGGCACCAUCGCAUGCGGUUGAACGACGUCGAGUGGUACUGCAGCUUGAUGUACCGAGUUCUCGACCCUCUCACCGCCUCUAACUCUCGACUCAACGAUACUCAUUCGAAACCUAGACUGGGUCAGAAGGGUACCUAUUGAUCAACGAAGCUGGAGCUUAGAUGCCGGCGAUGUUCAAAAAAUUCAGUUAGCUUUA